AUGGAGCAUUUAGCACGUGCUGAGGAAGCUCUUUCUAGUCUUAAAUUAUUAAUACACCUCUAUCAAGAAGGAUUACCUCUUGAUGGAUCUUCUGUAUCGGAAGAAGAGUCUCAUAUCUCAACAAUUUCGUACGUCAGCAAUGAGAAAUCCGGAAUGUCACCAAGUACAAAGGAAUCAAUUAAGAGCAUCGAUGAAACUGAUAAAAAACUUCGUAUUUCACAAGAAAAGCGCGCGAAUAAAUUAAAAGAAAAAACAUCAAAAUCAUCAUCUCCAAAGGCAGAAAAAGAGUCAGGUAGUCGAAAGAGUCCAUUAAAAUAUAAUGGUCCUGAAACAAAACCAAAUAUUAAAGCAAAUUACUCUCCUGAAGCAAGCGGAAAUUCAACACUUUCAGCUUAUUCCAACAGUAAAGGUGGUGUUGCAAGUUCCCAAGCUGUUGGUGGAGAAUUUAGCUCUGAUAAUAUCAUUGCUCAAGAUGAUCACCUUCCUCCUUACAAUCCAGACAUUGACGCUCUUGAUUCUGAUGAAUUCAAUGAGAGAAUCAGGCGCAUUGCCAAUUCUAAUUCUUCUUCUCCAAAAACGGAUAAUACUCUUUCAUCUCCUUCAAAGAGCGCGCAGGCAACACCACAAUCAAAUAAGUCACAGAACGAGUCUCAUCCAUCUAAAAACAAUUCUGUUACUCCAAAGAAUGACGGAAGCAAAGGUCAACAAGAUAGCAUCAUGGAAGAAGAAGAAUCCAAGGCAGAUUUGGAAGCACUCAAGGCUCAGCUUAACCUAAGUUCUGGAUCAUCAGAAGCUGCUGAAGAUCCAAAAGGAACUCUAAUGAACGUUUCUCCAAAAGCAGAAAACCUUCGUCCUGGCCAUUGGUCCGAAAUAGAAGAGGAUUCUGAUAGUCCUGCUGAAAAUGGAAACAGCUCCGAGUUGCAUCGUUUGGAUAUUCCUGUAGAUGAAGAAGAAUCAGAUUUCGUUCUUCAAUUAAACAGCGAGGGAUCUUCUGUGAUUAACGAACCUAUUGUCUUAGAGAUUCCUAAAGGUUUAUCUGAAGAAGAAUCGAAUUUUUCUGUGGAAGAUUUGUAA